UUCCACAGCUCCUUUCGACACAUCGUGUAACAAGACCAUGCCGUAACAUCACAUUCUUCAGUUCACUAAUGAUGACAUUGUGGUCGUCACACAUCCUAGCUACUGCUGAGAUCUACCGUUGUAGCUGCCGAUAUUUCUCAGCCCCUCAAGGAUUGCCGUCAGACGCGAACCGGCGACCCUAGUCUCACGCAGCAGCAAAGCAGUUUAUCCGCAGACUGAUUCACCAACUACGACCAUGGGCAACUGCGGUAGUUCCCUGGAUUGCGCUGCGUGUGGCAACAUCCGAAACGGUGGAAAGUGCACAAAGGACUUGAAGUUCAACGCAGAUAUCGCAGGUAUUGGGGUCCUCGUAUCGUUCUACUUCAGCGCUUUGGUCGUUUUCUUAGUGGUGAUUUGGGGGUACUUGACUGCAACCUUACCUACAGGUCUGCUACAGGAAACUGAUCAGCAUGCACUCAAACUGCUCAAGAAGCCCUUCAAGCGAGAUAAAAGGCAUGUCGGCGCGGAAACCCCAAUACCAAUACAGAUGUCGAGACGACAGGGGCGCAGCGAUGUUCUUGUCAGCUUCAUCAAGAUGCUGAGCGACCAACAACUCAUAACUGGAUUGUCCAUACUGAUUGCUGCGCUUUCAAGUCAAUGUGUCAUAUCUCAACGUGAGUGGCACAUAGUUACAUCAUUAGCUUAUUUCUCAGCUACCACGCACAGUUUAUCACUCGAUGUACUACGAAACUACCUAGUUGAGCACAUUUGGGUCAGGUACUGUCGUAUAACUUUCACGCUUAUAUUUCUUGUCUUCUUUACCUUCGCAUUUCUCGUGGAUCAUCUGCCGGCGUGGCAGGAUCAGAUCGUCCACUGCUUAUUGUUGGAUUGGAGGUCACAACCUGGACUUUUGCAGAUCAGCACCCUCAUGAUCAAUGUCGUCCCUGUAUUGAUAAUCUUAUGGGGCAAACAUCUUUCAGCUAUGGCUCGAUUGAUUGCUCCGGAAGCCAUUCACCACCGCCAUGUUACUACGACAAUGGUAGAUCGCAUGUCAAUGUACUUCUGGAGCUGGACGAACAACAUUUCCAUAUCAGAGUCCGCAAACAUCGUCGCAGAUGCGCGUCGUCUUUAUGGUAUCGCAAUCAGACCAUCGAACACCAAAACACGCAUAUCGGUGUGGUACUUCCUCGAGCAGUAUCAUGAGGCGUAUCUUUCUGAACUUCCUGUAUGGGCGUUCCAGUUUGCUUAUGGGACGACAAAUACGAUCCAAGCGGUAUGGGGUGUUGAUGCAUGGGGUACCGACGUCGAGGAUGAGACUACAACACUUGGCUUCGGUCAAGUCGUCGCUAUAGGUUUACUCGUCCUUCCACUAAUUACUCUAACCGAACUCAUAAAUGAGCAAAGCACAUCGUCUAGACUCCACCUUCCACAAAGCCAUGAACUUUCGCAGCCGAUAGAUGACCCAAAAAAAUCACCUCCGAACAAUACUACAUCCGAGCUACAGGUCCGAACAGCGGAAUCGGCACAAACUGACGACUCGAACCCGUUCGGAGACCCUACGGAUCAAGUCCAGUCCAAAGUGAGCAGGAAAGUCGCGAUUAUAUCCCUAGUUUUUAGUGCAUUAGCCACCGCACUGAUGGUUGUAGCGGGUAGUAUAAACUAUCAGUUGGUACUGAUAGCUAUCCUUGUGGCAUGGGCUGUAUCAAAGAUGACCAUCACCAUAAAACGACAAGUCAACCAGGCUCGAUUUGUGUGGAAAGAGAUCAGGUCACGCAAGACUCAGCAAACUAUGAUGCAGUCGCCUCCAGCUGCACGUAGCACGUCUGACGAGAGCAUACCCCAUAGUACACCAAAAUCAAUUUCCAUCGACAUAUCCACCAAUCAUCAAGACAGCAUACAAACAAUCGACUGCGACGAGAACGCACCGGACGUUCGAAUGAGCUCGCACGUAUGAUAAUGAAGCGAGUCUUAACCUGCAUCUGCUGUUCGAUGGGCUGGACGAGAGUUCUCAAAGUCAACUCAUAAACGCUCACACAACGCGGCAAUCUUUAUAUCUGCGGAAACAGCCGAUCAUCGUAGAAGCACAUAG